GCCACCGCCUGAGGGCAGCUGGGCAUCUCCUCGCCUCCCCGCCGGCGGCGGGGGCAAGGGAGGCGGAGGAAGGGCCGGGAAAGGCCGCCCUCGCUCACCCCGGCGGCGGAGAGCGAGCUGGGGGAGCACAGGCGAAGGGCUGGGAGGAGAGGGAGCGGGAUCGCGGGGCGGCUUCCCGCGGGAGCGGGCGUGUGAGGGGAGCGCGGAGGCAGCGGGACAGCGAGGCGGGGCGCAGGGAGCAUGGAGGAGCGGCGCGGUGCGGGGUCGGCCCAGGCGGCCGGCGGCUGCUGAGGCAGCCCCCGGGCCGCUGCGGGCACGCCCGUCGCGGAGCGAGCCAUGCGGGUGGCGAGGUGGCUGGCGGGUCUGCUGUGCCCUCUCUCCCUGCUCGUCACCGAGUCGUGGGGAGUCCGCUUCCACCCGGGACAAGAGACCUUAGUGAAGCAGCUCUCCUCCUACGAAAUCGUCACACCUGUCCGAGUGAAUGAAUUUGGAGAAGUUUUCCCGCACACGCAUCACUUCAGCAGGAGGAAAAGGAGCUUGGAGGCACCGCUGGAGCCCACUGCUUUUCGAACACACUACCAGCUCAGUGCAUACGGGCAGGUCUUCCAGCUCAACCUGAGCGCCGAUGCAGGCUUUGUUGCUGCUCAGUACACUGUGGUGCAUAUAGGGGCCCCACAGAAGCAGUCCUUCCCUGAUUUGCGCCACUGUUUCUACCGUGGGCAUGUCAAUGCACAGGAGACGCACAUGGCUGUCUUCAGCAUCUGUGGUGGCUUGAUGGGCACCUUUAAGGCACAUGAUGGUGAAUAUUUUUUAGAACCUCUGAUGAAAGCGGAUGGAGGUGAACAUGAAGAUGAGCAUAACAAACCACAUCUUAUAUACAGGCAUGAAGAACUUAAAAAAAAGUAUCAGAAAUCCCAUAAGCCCUGUGAAGUUUCAGAAAAAGAGUUGAAAAGCACUUUACUACAUCCAACCUUCAGCAGUUUAAAUGAAGAGAGCAAUGUUUUACAGAAGUCUCACAGUUUAGAGUAUGCUUUAAAUAACCUAUCUAUAGAGGAUGGUGGCAAUCCACAUUCCAGGAAAAAACGUUUUCUUUCUUAUCCAAGAUAUGUAGAAGUCAUGGUUACAGCUGACACGAAAAUGGUUCGUCACCAUGGGCAGAAUUUACAGCACUACAUACUAACACUGAUGUCAAUAGUUGCAGCAAUCUAUAAAGAUUCAAGUAUUGGAAAUCUUAUAAAUAUAGUUAUUGUAAAAUUAAUUGUAAUUCACAAUGAACAGGAAGGACCAGCUAUCACUUUUAAUGCAGCUACCACUCUUCGUAAUUUUUGCUUAUGGCAGCAAGCACAAAACACUUUGGAUGAUGCUCACCCUUCUCAUCAUGAUACUGCUGUUCUUAUCACUAGGGAAGAUAUCUGCAGAGCUAGAGAGAAGUGCGAUACUCUUGGUUUAGCAGAGCUAGGUACAAUGUGUGACCCACUACGCAGCUGUUCUAUAAGUGAAGAAAAUGGAUUGAGUGCUGCUUUUACUAUAGCGCAUGAGCUUGGACAUGUAUUUAAUGUGCCUCAUGAUGACAGUUUUAAAUGUAAAGAAGCUGGAAUUAAACAUCAAUACCAUGUGAUGGCUCCAACUUUAAAUUACCAUACAAGUCCAUGGACCUGGUCAAAAUGUAGUCAAAAAUAUAUCACUGAAUUUCUUGAUACUGGUUAUGGUGAAUGUCUCCUAGACAAACCUAGUGGAAGAAUAUAUGAUCUUUCCUCUCAGCUGCCUGGGUCAAUGUAUGAUGUCAACAAGCAGUGUGAACUUAUGUUCGGUCUUGGAUCACAAGUGUGCCCAUAUCUGAAACAAUGCAAACGCUUAUGGUGCACAAGCACAGAAGGUGUUCACAAGGGUUGUCGUACUCAGCACAUGCCUUUGGCUGAUGGAACAGUUUGUGGUGUGGGAAUGCACUGCCGCCAUGGAAUUUGUGUGAGCAGAGAAAUGGAGACGCGUCCUGUAGAUGGAGAAUGGGGACCAUGGGGACCUUAUAGCUCAUGUUCAAGAACUUGUGGAGGUGGAAUCAAGAGCACCACCAGGCUGUGUAAUAGACCAGAACCAAGAAAUGGAGGAAAGUACUGUGUUGGCCGCAGGAUGAAAUUUCGAUCGUGUAAUACUGAUUCAUGUCCGAAAGGCAAAAAAGAUUUCCGGGAGCAACAGUGCUCUGAAUUUGAUGGCAAACACUUUAAUAUCAACGGUCUUACAUCUGCUGUUCGCUGGCUUCCAAAAUACAGUGGUAUUUCUAUGAAAGAUCGCUGUAAACUUUUUUGCCGAGUUUCUGGAACAACUUCCUACUAUCAGCUGAAGGACAGAGUUGCUGAUGGUACUCCCUGUGGAGCAGAAACCAAUGACCUUUGUGUUCAAGGCUUAUGCAGGCAAGCAGGCUGUGAUCACGUUUUGAAUUCCAAGGCAAGGAGAGACAAAUGUGGAAUCUGUGGUGGUGAUAAUUCUUCAUGUAAGACUCUUGCAGGUACUUUCAACAGUGCUCAUUAUGGUUACAAUGUUGUAGUAAAUAUUCCCAAAGGAGCAACAAACAUUGAUAUUCAGCAGCACAGCUACUCAGGGAAACCAGAAGAUGACAACUACCUUGCUUUAUCUGAUAUUCAUGGAAAUUUUAUCUUGAAUGGAAAUUUUGUUGUAAGCAUGUCAAAAAGAGAAAUCAAUAUACAAGGAGCCAUUUUUGAGUACAGUGGUUCAAACAAUACGAUAGAACGAAUUAACAGCACUGAUAGAAUCGAAGAAGAGCUAACUUUACAGGUUUUGUGUGUAGGGAAUUUAUACAACCCUGAUGUGCGUUAUUCAUUCAAUAUCCCAAUAGAAGACAGAAGUGAUCUAUUUACAUGGGAUCCUUAUGGACCCUGGCAAGACUGCAGCAGGAUGUGCCAAGGUAUUCGAAGAAGAAGAAUGACAUGCAUACAUAAAAGUGAUCGUGUGGUGGUGUCCGAUCAAAGAUGUGAACUUAUACCCACAGUACCAGAAGUGUUUGAGGAGUGUAAUACAGAGUGUGAAUUAAGGUGGCACCAUGUUGGCAAAAGCGACUGCACGGCGAAGUGUGGCCCAGGGUAUCGGUCUGUAGAGAUCCACUGCAUGAAGUACUCUAUUUCGAAAGGACUCAGUGCUCCAGUGGAUGAUAAGUACUGUGCUGAUCAGCAGAAACCACCAACCAGAGAGCCCUGCCAUGGUGACUGUAUGUUAACGAGUUGGCACUACACAGAAUGGUCAGAGUGUUCCAGGAGCUGUGAAAGAGGUGUCAGAACCAGAGAAGCUUUUUGUAUGAACAAUUUGGGUCGUCAUCUUCCUGACAGAGAAUGCCAGGAACUUCCAAGAGUUGUAACCCAGAGUUGCAAUGAAUUCUUAUGUCCAAGCUGGUUUGUUAGUGAGUGGAGCGAGUGUCCAGUGACAUGUGGCAAAGGAACGAAGCAUCGUCAAGUGUGGUGCCAACUUAAUGAUGAACAACUGAGAGAUGAUUUCUGUAAUCCAAAUGAUAGACCAGAAUCAAUAAUGCUGUGUGAACUUCAUGAAUGUGCAUCUUGGCAAGUAGGGCCUUGGGGAUCAUGUGCUGUAACGUGUGGACGUGGAUACCAGAUGCGUGCAGUCAAAUGUGUUACUGGGACUUACAGAGUUAUUUUGGAUGAUGACAGCAAAUGUAAUGCUGCUACUCGUCCUAGAGAUAACCAAGAGUGUGAAUUACCCUCUUGUCCAGAAAGUACAAAAUUAUGGACUACAUCGCUUCCUCUAGUUCAUGUGGGGAAGAUGACCCAGUGGAGAUAUGGAUCAUGGACCCCAUGCUCUGCAUCCUGUGGGAAGGGUGAUCGUGCUCGCUAUGUGAGUUGUAGAGAUGCUCAUGGAGGAGUAGCAGAUGAAUCUUUGUGUGCUCAUUUGCCACGGCCAGCUGAAAUUUCAAGCUGCUUUAGCCCAUGUGGAGAGUGGCAAGUUGGAAAUUGGUCCCCUUGCACAGUUACGUGUGAUAGUGGAAUAGUAACAAGACAAGUUAUUUGUGUCAACUAUCAUCAACAAAUCAACGAGAAUUACUGUGAUCCUGAAGGCCGACCUUCCAAAGAACAAGAAUGUAACAUGCCACCAUGUCCACCAGUUUAUCAUCAUAUUCCGAAAAUACAUGACCAGCCAAGCCAUUUUCCAGAAAUAGGUUACCUUCCAAUACACCAUCCACAAGAUAAUAUCAACCAGUGGAACCGUCCCUCUGCAGGAGGAUAUCAAUGGAGAACUGGACCCUGGGGAGCAUGCUCUAGUACUUGUGCAGGUGGAUUUCACCAUCGAGUUGUAGUAUGUCAAGAUGAGGAAGGAAGAAGUGCUAGUUAUUGUGAGGAGGCAACAAAACCUCCAGAGUCAAGACACUGUGAUUCUGGACCCUGCCCACGAUGGAACUAUGGGAACUGGGGAGAAUGUACUCAAACUUGUGGAGAUGGAAUAAAGACAAGACUGGUGAUUUGUCAGCUUCCUACUGGCCAAAUGCUGGGUGAUCAAAACUGUGAAAUUCUAGACAAGCCACCUAAUAUGGCACAAUGUAACGUGCAUUCUUGCCCUGGUGAUGUUUCAUGGCAUCGGGGACCGUGGAAAUCGUGUUCUGUUUCCUGUGGAAAAGGUUUGAAGUUUCGUGAUGUGCAUUGUUUUAAUAGCUUCCAAGCCAAAAUAGAAGAAGAAAACUGCAGACAUUUGAAAAAACCACGGACGCACAAAAUAUGUAGAGCUGGAAGAUGUCCUGCUUGGAAGGCCAGCAGAUGGAAAGAGUGUUCUGUAUCCUGUGGAGUGGGGAUUCAGCAAAGGGACAUCUACUGUCAGCUGAAGGGCCUGGGUCAAGUGAGUGAAGCAAUGUGUAAUCGUGGUACCCGGCCCGCUAGCAAGCGGCAUUGCUGGCUGCCUGCCUGCACCCCGUACCGGUGGUUGGCAGGUGAAUGGGAAGAUUCUCGGUGCUUGGCAUCAUAUAGAAGAAAGGAAAUAUACCGGAGAGUUAAGUGUGUGGAUGAAAACCAGCUCCAAGUGGAUGAAAGCUUCUGUGAUCCUGCCACAAAGCCUCCAUCAAGCAAAACCUGCAGGAUAGCUCCCUCUGAAUACGUUGUGCUUACAGGAGAACUGUCACAGUGCUCAGCCAGCUGUGGGUUUGGUUACCAGCAGAGGAUCACGUACUGUGUUGGAAUCCAUCAUGUUCAAAAUCAGCACAGCCAUGGCCUUCGAACUGUAGCCUACCGAGAAUGCCCGGUAGAGCCAUCCCCAUACAUUUAUAAAUGUAAUAUCAAAAGAUGUUCACAAGCAGCUACCUGGAGAGUGGGGAAGUGGACCAAAUGCUCAGUGUCUUGUGGAGUCGGGGUGAAGGAGAGAACCGUAGAAUGUCUGACUGAAAAUGGCUUAUCCAGUGACUUGUGCCUGCCACGUUUCAAACCAGAUGCCAGAAAGAUCUGCCGUGAGGAAGAAUGUGAAAUUCUUACUACCUGCAAAGAUAUCCAGAUUAAAAAAGGGAUUAGAAAGGAUGGUGAAUACCUACUUAACGUUAAGGGAAGGAUGAUAAAGAUUUAUUGCUCAGGCAUGCACUUAGAGGAUCCCAAAGAAUAUUUGACAUUGGUAAAAGGUGAAGCAGACAACUUUUCUGAAGUAUAUGGAUUGAGGCUGCAGAAUCCAUAUGAAUGUCCUUUCAAUGGAAGCAGAAGGCAAGACUGUGCCUGUCGACAUGAUUACCUUGCAGCUGGCUUCACGGUUUUUAGCAAAAUAAGAUUUGAUGUAGCGUCCAUGCAAAUUAAAACCACAGAUUUUCUUUUUGCUCAGACUAUACUUGGGAGAGCAGUUCCGUUUGCUACAGCUGGAGAUUGCUACAGUGCUGCCAGAUGUCCACAGGGACAGUUCAGCAUUAAUUUGGCUGGUACAGGUCUGACAUUAUCCAGCACGGUUAGGUGGAUUGCUCAGGGCAACUAUGCAACUGCUGACAUACACAGAUCCCACGAUGGUACUAAAAUAUAUGGAAGAUGUGGAGGAUUUUGUGGAAAAUGUGUUCCUAACACCAUUAUUGGUCUCCAACUUCAAAUACAGUGAGAGCUCUGAUGUGGUAAGAUCAUCAAAGCGGGAACAUCUGCUAUUUAGGUGCAAAUUGUAGGUGCUGUGUGUGUAUAUAGAUAUAUAUUUUAAUGCUUUCAUCUCUGUAAUGCUCAUUACUGUAAUGCUUACUACUAAGAAUUCCUGUUUUCUUCAGGAAUACAUUCAGGGAUGUAUUACCUGUUUGUGGGCUAGCAAGUGCAUAAAUCACAAUCAUAAACCUUAAGGUUUUAAUGGAGAGGCAUUCAUUCAAUGUACAGUAUAUAUUAGCAAGUAAAUUGCACUGAGGUUACUACCAUGGGUAACACUCUAAAUUGUACUGUAAUUGCAAUACUUCACCUGCAACUAAUCAGUGCAAUUCUUUAUACAGUAUUCAGUAAAAUUUAUACGCUACUGGUUUGCUUGAUCAACUGUACUAAAAUAUAGAAAGGAAAGAGUUAUUGCGAUAUAAAGAAGAUAGGUAAUAUUUUCAAAUACUUCCAAUUUUGUGAAACCUUUUAGGAAUUAUCUGUCACAACUUACAGCAGAAAAGUAUAUAACCAGCAGACUUGAGAUGGUUUCUAUAGAUCCCUGUGUUUCUCUGUCAGUAAAAGCAUUUUUCCCCCAUCCCUUUCAUUAUAUUCUUUGUGGUGCUCAAAUACUAGCAGUGAUCCUGAGAAGUGUGGUUUAACCUCUGUAGUCUCUAUAGCACAUGUUAAACACCUAGGCUUAGUUUUGUUGUGGUUACAGGAAAAGAAAAUAAGGAAACAAAUUGCUUGAAAAUCUGGUUUUUCAGUCCCUGCCUCUCAUCCAAGUGUACUGUAAAAGCAGUGUAUUCUGUUUACCAUAGCAUCUUGUAUGUGAUUGUAUGAAUAUGUAUUUACUUAAACACUGCCCAUCUACACCUUACUCCUUUAUACUGGCCAAUGGCAUAUUAGUCAAGGCUGUAGUGUGUGUCCCUCUGAGCUUCCAAUUCAACAUCAUUUUCAAUAACCGUAGUGAAAACCCUGGGCAGAGGCAGCAUCAAGCCCCACAGUGUUUUUGGCAUCCAUCUUCGACUCAGUUUAAUUUUUCAAUGUUUGUAAAUACAGAUCUAACAUCUGCUAGUUAAAACUAUUUCUUCCAGAAAAGUAUGUAUAUGAAAGAGUCACAAGGUUUAAAAAAUGAUCUAGCUCUUUGAUUUAUUGUUUUGUAUUACUUUACAAUCCAGAACUGUAGAAAUACAUGCAUAUAAAGAUAAUGCAUUUCAGGGCCAACUCUCAGGUACUCAGAAUAAAAUUUUCUACAUGCAUAAUAACAGCCAUUAUGUACCAGAUACAACUAUACAUGCUUCUUCUGACAAUAUGCAUUCUGUAAACCAAAUAUCUGUUUUGCAUGCCAAUACCAAUGGUAGAUCAAAUGGCAGCUAUAUCAUAUUUUUACCCACAAAGACUUAGCCAUGAAUUAGCAAUACGCAUUAAUUAGAACAAUACUGUACCACAGAAGUGUAAGCAGCUACUUUUUAGAUAGCACAUGUAGGUAAUUAUUUUGUGAUCUCUGCAUCAGAAAUGUAUUUUUGCACUAUGUGCCUUAUAUUAGUUGUAAACAUUAAUAAGAAUAUAAAACAUUAUUUUCCUAGAAAUGUUUACAUUUAUAAUUAAAGUCUUGUAAUUUAUAAAAUAUUUAUAUAAUAAAUAUGCU